AUGGAAAUAAAGAAGAAGAGGAAGGCUGAGGGAAAGUAUUGGCCAAAAGUGGAUAUAGGUGGAAUUGGGCAAAUAAAGAGUAAACAGGUUGGUGAUCACUCUAAUUUUCCAAAACCUCCAAUUGUGGUCGAUUCCUCCAGUUGUCCAAAGCCAGUUCAUCCAUCUCAUCCAAAACAAAAUAAAAAUGUUGAUCAUUCCUCCUCUCUUCCAAAUUUGGUAAGUUCAUCAAACCUAAAUUUGGUAAGUUCAUCCAACCCAAAUAUGGUAACUUCAUCCAUUCUGGUAAAUACUUUCUUCAACAGAAUUUUCUUCAACAGAAUUAGUGAAGAGGUUUAUCAUAAUAGGUUUUGUAAUAGGCCUGUGUUACUAGAACGUGGUGCCCAGUUAGAUAAGAUGACAACUAUAGACUGUGCUCUUAUUUUUGGUUUGCGACAAUGGAAUUCUAUAGUUGAAAUAGAUAAGAACGAUAAAGCUUAUGAUGGAUUAGUGAAAAUAUUUUAUGCAAAUAUGCUUGAUGUUGAGAAGGAAGAUUUGAAGUUUAAAUCUUAUAUGAGGAAUGUACAUUUUGAAGUGAAUCGGAAUUUGAUUUCAAGGAUAUUGAAGGUUCCCUCACCCUUUAUUGUUGAAAAUAUUGUGACAUACCCAUACAAGAAUCCCAAUGAUCAACCUACCAUCGAGGAUGUUGCAACAGAACUUUAUGGUAGACCUUUUAAGCUGAACAUAGACACAUUUUAUCAAAGAUAUCUCACUAACAAUUAUAGGAUUUUAAACCGUAUAGUGGGAUGUAAUAUUAAUUCGAGAGGACACAGUGCUAAUUUUGGAGUUGAUAGAGCUCAUCUACUCUAUGCCAUUGGGAAAGGGAUAAUUAUAGAUCUCCCUUGUCUAAUAUUUAAUGAAAUUGUUUCAGCGUUUGAUGUUGAAGGUAAGCAAAAAAGUCUCCCAUUCCCCAUCUUAAUUUCAAAGAUCAUGAUGCAUUAUGGAGCUGUCAUUCACCCAUCCGACACUUAUAAGUCCCCUUUGAGUCCAUUUGGUGAAUGCACAUUAAAAAAGAGUUUGGGGCAAACUGAUGCAUAUGAUCUAGAUGAUUAUGAUAUUGGGGCAAGUACUUCAGGGGAUAUUGUACAAAUGCUUAAACAAAUUUUGGCAAACCAAGAGGAGUUGCAGCAAGAAAUGAAGGAGUCUCUCAAACAGCUCCGUGUUGACACCAAUGAGUCUCUCAGGCAGCUCCGGGAAGACACCAAAGAGUCUCUGAAACAGUUGAAGAAGAAAUUUUUAACUCAAAACAAAAAUGAGUAG